AUGCAGCAGGCGGAAAGCAUAGACUACACUCCGGCGGCCGGCAGCCCGCUCACGGCAGGCUGCAGGUACUCGUCCAACGUCGAGGAGGACGAGGAGGCCGAAGUGCUUCGCUCGCUCGUGCAGGAAGUACUGCAGGGUUGCAUGGCAACGCACACGGAGCCGUCCGCCGCCCCCACACAUGCCUCCGCUGCGGCUGCGAUUCGUCCUGCGUUUGCGACGGUUGGCAACCACCAAGUGCGAACACCGCGACCCCGGACGACGGCGUCGCGUGCGCGGCGGCCUGCGCAAAGAGGUGACAGGCGCCUUGGGGAAGACUCGCUCCAAAACGGGGUGCCUUCGCCGUCGCCCAUUACCCCUGCCACACCACCACGGGAGGCCGAUGCGACCGGCAAGCGUGCCCCAGUGGCCGCGGCGUCGACGCUGGCAUCUGCCCCCUCACCGUCUACAACAGCCUCAGCGAAUUCCUCCAUCCUGCAGGCCGCCGCCCCGCUCUUUACGUCGGUGUCAAACAACUCCUACCUUGACUCCUCCACAGUCUCACAGCCGCAGCGGAAAUGGAUGUCGAGUGGGGGCACCAACUGCGACGCCUCACACUAUUCUGUGGAUUCGCCUCUGACGGUGACCCCCGCAGGGGACACGGACAUCACAGCAACUGCUGUCCUCAUACAAAAUUACGCGCACGAGCGUGCGGAGACGGAGAAACAGAUGCGGCAAACCCUGCAUGACCUCGAACAACGCCAGCAGCAUCUGCUUUUUACAGUGCAGGGAGGCGUGGCCGCUGCGGACUAUACUGACGCUUCUGGGCUGACACGCAAGGAGGAGCGGAACGGCGACAGUGUGCAGCGGCACAACACUAGCGUUGCCUCCUCCGCCUCGUUGAUCACAGCCCACGCCUCGUCGCGCGCGUCGUCAGCGCAGGCGUCCACCGCGGCUCCUGCACCUCCGUCUCGACUGCUGCUGCUGCAAGAGCGGUUUGCGACGAUGCCUAUAGCGCAGUGA